UUUCCAUUUCCUCUAUUAUUUGGGAACGCACCCCAACACAGAGUGGAAGACGGACACAACGCUGAAGAAAACAAUGUAAACCAAGGAUAUUCUUGUAGCUACCUCAAACACCUUUGAUCAAAUUAAACUAUAAUUUAUGAUAAGAACAUGCGAUAGUGUCAAUUGUUAGUUCGAAGUGGGCUGUGAGCUACUGUAGAAGCCCGCUGUAGCGGCAACGAGACGAGGUGCACCGCCUCUCGACCAGUCUAGACUGUCGCUUCCAUUUCUCCGGUGUGUUGUGGUUCGAAAGGCGAAGCGCGCUGCAUAGGAACUUGGUUAACAGUUCUUGACACUAAACAUACGGGUUGUGAUCGAUGGCGGACCCAGAACCAUCACAACAACAUGAGACGGAACAGAUUGACGACGCAGAGUUGGCAUUCAAAGGAAUAAACAUGCUGCUCAACAACGGAUUCAAGGAGAGCGAUGAACUUUUCAGAAAAUACAGGACCCACAGUCCACUGAUGAGUUUCGGAGCCAGUUUUGUCAGCUUCCUGACAAUUGGAUUCUAUUGGAGUGAAGAACAGGAAGAGAAUGCCAUGAUGACGUUUGAGGAGGAGAAGAUGCAGACAGCCUUUGAGGACCUCAGAGCCACUGAGAGACUUUGUGAGCGAGACAAUGCCGGGGUCAUCGAGACCAUCAAAAACAAGAUCAGGAGGAGUGACCCCCAGAGGUCAGGGGUGGCUAUAGUAGACCGCCUCCAGAGACAGAUCCUUGUGGCAGACUGCCAGGUGUACCUCGCUGUCCUCUCCUUCAUCAAACAGGAACUGUCAGCAUACAUCAGAGGAGGCUGGAUCCUCCGCAAAGCCUGGAAGAUGUACAACAAGUGUUACAGCGACAUCAGCCAGCUGCAGGAUUGCAGCAAGAGGAGGUCCUCCAACCAGCAGGCGUCUCCCUCUCCAUCCACUGACCAGGCCAACCACGGCGCGGCCAAGCUCCCAACCCAGAGGACCAAUGGGGUGAGCCCGGAGGCCCUAUCCCGGCUUAAGGGCUCGGUCAGUUUUGGCUACGGCCUGUUCCACCUGUGCAUCUCCAUGAUACCGCCGCACCUGCUGAAGAUCGUCAACCUUCUGGGUUUCCCCGGCGACCGUCACCAGGGGCUGUCCGCCCUUGCGUAUGCCAGUGAAAGUAAGGACAUGAAGGCCCCCUUAGCUACGUUGGCCCUCUUGUGGUACCAUACGGUAGUGCAACCCUUCUUUACCCUCGACGGCUCAGACACACAGGCCGGUCUGAUGGAGGCGAAGGCUAUCCUCCAGAGAAAGGAGCCCGUAUACCCUAACUCCUCCCUUUUCAUAUUCUUCAAGGGCAGGGUGCAGCGUCUGGAGUGCCAGAUCAACAGUGCCUUGACGUCCUUCCAAAAUGCCUUAGAGCUGGCUACAGACCAGAGGGAGAUCCAACAUGUUUGUUUGUAUGAAAUAGGGUGGUGCAGUAUGAUCGAGCUGAAGUGCGGUGACGCCUACAAGGCCUUUCAGCGUCUGGCGACUGAGUCACGCUGGUCCCAGUGUUACUACACCUACCUAACUGGAGUGUGCCAGGGAGCGUCAGGCGAUCUGGAGGGAGCUGCCGUUGUCUUCAAGGACGUACACAAGCUUUUGAAACGGAACACCAAUCAGAUAGAACAGUUCUCUAUGCAGAGGGCGGAGAGGCUAAGCAAACACUCCCCAUCCAGAGAGCUGUGUAUCCUGGCUGUGAUCGAGGUGCUUUACCUGUGGAAGGCCCUGCCUAACUGCUCCACCUCUAAGCUGCAGACCAUGAGCCAAGUUCUGCAGGAACUAGAUGACAUCUCAUGUGCCGGCCUGAAAAACUUGCUCCUUGGUGACAUACACAGAUGUCUCGGCAACAUGAACGACUCCAUUCAGUGCUUCCAUCUGGCUGCCAGAGAUGAGAUGGGCUAUCAAAACAACUCCUAUGUGCAGCCCUACUCCCUCUACGAGUUAGGCUGUGUCUUACUGGACAGCCCUGAGUCUGAAGCGAAGGGCAGAGCUCUGAUGCUCCAGGCCAAGGAGGACUAUGCUGGCUAUGACUUUGAGAACAGGCUCCAUGUGCGCAUUCAUUCAGCUCUGGCUUCCAUGAGAGAGGAGGUGACCCCACCCUGACCGCACCCUUUCUCGACCAUACAUCCACCCUAGCUUGUGUUGGGGGUAGAAGGAGCUGGAAAUGGCUCCCUUUAUCUCCACAGCACUGUGAUGGUUCACUGCAAUGUGUUUUUCAGUUGACUUGUGUUUUUUUUUUUUAUAUAUAAUGAAUGUGCCAUCAAGUUUGCAAUGUAUAGUUUACAGUAAGAGUUUUCUGGAGCGAUAAUGCAGGAAUAGUUAAGACUACUGGAGUGUAUUAGUGUGUUUUAAACCAGAUCAAAUAUGUACAGUAGUUGCUGCUGGGAGGCGAAUGCAACUUUUUACCAGGAAAAAGUGUAUUUUUMGGGGGAAAUCUAUCAAUGUCAGUGCUAUCUAAAUGGUACAAUCACAUCUUUAUUCUUUCCCAUGUGAUGGGAAAGGGUUCCGAUGCAGAACUGGGUAUGCCAUUGGGUAAGCCACACUCCAUUAUAAAUUAAGCAGUGCCUAGGUUGCUGCCAGAUUAUGACCUGAAUGUCCAAUGUCCUGUUGCUGUUACAAUAGUAGACCAUCUGAAUGCACAAAUCCUGUGCUAAUACUCAUCACGUGGCCGUGUGGCACUGUAAAUUGGGGAGAUUUUUUUUGUUUAAAAAAAAGUUUAAUUCCUGCAAUUCUACACAUUUUGCCAUGGGUUGCAGAGAACAUUCUGCAGUUUUAAAGGCCCAGUGCAGUCAACAUUUUUAUUUUCCUUUGUUUUAUAUAUAUUUCUACACUAGGAGGUUGGAAUAAUGUUGACUGCAAUGUCUCUUCACAAUCCUCAAGUCCAGAACAGACUAUGGGAGGUGCACAGUACUACAUGGGGCCAUGGCUACAUGGAACUCUAUUCCACAUCAG